AUGGAAAAAGUACCCGAAAAGCACGAUGUUCCAAAAGACACAAUCAUAAAAGCACCGAGACCGUCGUCACCGAGAAAAUUUUUCGCGCGUAUUUAUGGUCAUCUAGAGGAUAAUUCCACAGAUAAUGAUCGAAAUCGACCACAGAGAACUGAAUCACAUGAGAGUGAAUCCUCCUCGGAUUUGGAAAUAGGGGAAGUGGAUACUCAAAGACCGCAGUGGCCCCAAGCUCCCUUACCUUUGUGUCCUCGUCCUAUACUGAUGCCUCAUCAUCAGCUUGCCUUCGGUGCUGGUCUGGCUGCGUUCCGUAAGUACUUUGCCUAUUUAUUUAGUUUUUGA